AUGAGGGAUGCUAAGGUUGUUAAGCAACCUAUUACUAGUCAGUACACACUUUCUAAAGAACAAAGCCCUAAGACAGAAAAGGAGAUUGAAGCUAUGAAGGAUGUACCCUACUCUAAUGCAGUAGGGUCAGUGAUGUACUUAAUGGUAAGCACAAGACCUGACCUAGGUUAUGCUAUGAGUGUACUUAGGAAAUACAUGGCAAAUCCAGGAAAAGUUCACUGGUUGGCCAUGAAAUGGGGAUUUAGGUAUUUACUUGGGACAACUAAAGUUGGAUUAAUCUACAAUAGACAGAAGGCUAACACUAUAAUUGAAGGUUAUAGUGAUUCAGAUUAUGCUGGGGAUAGGGAUAAUAGGAGAUCUACAUCUGCCUAUUUGUUUCUAAUUGGUGGCAAUUGUGCUAGCUGGAAAGUGCAACUUCAACCUGUUGUGGCACUAUCAACUACAGAAGCUGAGUAUGAUGUGGCCACAACUGAAGCUAUAUAG